AUGGCUGACUACGACCGUGACCGCCGGCAAAAUAACCAUAGGGGAGGUGGAGGUGGGCGCAAGCGCCGCUAUCGAGAUGAUGACGAUUACGAUCGCCGACCCCAGCGACGCAGAUACGAGGAGCCGCUCUUCGUUCAGGUCCGACGCCAACUGCUGACGAUUGCUGAAUCCGCUGCGCGCAGAGUUGAAGACGAUAUUGUCGGAAUCGCCAAAUCGGUAGCGGACCACUAUGAAGAUGAGGAGCUACGUGAUACUCUGGUCAACAUCUCUCUCGACCUGUACGAAAUCGGCUUGCUGACCAUUGGCUCCCGGUUUAGUGUUCUGGAACAGCCUAUGAAGAUUCCUUUCGUCGCCGCGGUCACCUUGGCCACUCACAAUCUCAAGCCGGAGCUCAGCGCGGAGGUGCUCAAGAAAGCUAGCGACCUCCUGCAGAAACACAUUGAUGCGGGAUCAUGGCGCGAAGUCAAGCUACUCAUUCGAUUCUUGGGCAGCUUGCAAGCUAUCUUUGAGGGCGAUGGUAUUUUCCCGCUUCUCGAGGAGUUCUUCGCCCGGGCGGCUGAUCUCCAAUCCGCGUCUUCCGAGGAUCUUCUCGGCUUGGAACUCGUCAAAGUUAUCCUGUUCACAAUUCCAUACGUGAUGUCUUCCCCCGCGACUGGCUUCGAAGCCCAGGCCUCAGCCCUUCUCGAGAAAACCGAUAUCAUCGCAUCGACUCCCCACGCUCUGGUUGACCUGGUCAAUACAUUCAGCCCGGACGAGAACAAGGAAGCCGCGGGUCCCAGUGUUAUCGGCUUGAUGCAAAGCCAACUACAAGCCGAAGCUGGUCAAGGCUGGGAGCUGAAGUGUCUGCCUCGUCCUUGGAAAAGCGCGCAAGAAGAGAGCGAGGAGCAGAAGCCCUUUGAAAUCGUGACCAAGGUUCCUUUCCCACAGAUCACCGUCCCGAGCUCCGUUCCCAAUGGCCCUCGGCCACUCUUCCCGGAGGUCUAUCUCUCAGUAUACUCCGGACAAGAGAUCUACACAGUACCCCCGAUUUCGGACAUCUCAUCGUCUAUCCUGAGAGAUGCGCUGGUAGAUACUAUUAACCUGCUUGACUUCAACCGAGUUGCCACAGCCAAGUAUCUCAUUGAUAUUGACUGCUACUUUACUCCUUACACAUUCGUUAAGCGUGCGACCCCGUUCGACCGCAUGCGCGAUCUGGCCGGCGAAGGACAGUCCUGGAAACCAGAGGAUGUGGCCGUAGAUGCAGUUUUCUCCCAACUGUACCAGCUGCCCACCCCGGAGCACAAGCUCGUUUACUAUCAUUCGGUGUUGACCGAGUGCUGCAAAAUCGCUCCUGCUGCCAUUGCACCGAGUUUAGGCCGUGCUAUUCGUUAUCUCUAUAACCACCUUGAGACCAUGGAUCUGGAACUCAGCAACCGUUUCCUUGACUGGUUCGCUCAUCAUCUGAGCAACUUUGGCUUUACGUGGAAGUGGAGUGAGUGGGUUGAAAAUCUCGAACUCCCUGCUAUCCACCCUAAGAUGGCUUUUAUUCACGGUGCUCUUGAUAAGGAGAUCCGCCUGAGCUUCGCGCAGCGCAUUAAGGGUACGCUCCCGGAGCCUUAUAUCCCCCUGAUCACCGAGGGCAAGGAGAAGGAUACUCCCGAGUUCAAGUAUCUAUCAGAGAUGACCCCAUACUCCAAAGAAGGCCAAGAACUCAGCCAGCUCAUCCGCAAGAAAGCCAGCGACGAGGAGAUCCAGCCCGUAAUCGCCGCCAUCGAAGAGCAAGCCCAAGGCCUCGGCGUGUCAGACCCCAAGGUCCCCUCAACCGACGCCUUCGUCACAGCCAUCUGCUACGUCGGCUCGAAGUCCCUCUCCCACGUCCUCUCCUGCAUCGAGCGCAACAAGGACCGCCUCCUCGCCGUCGGAGCCGACUCCCCCGCCGCCCGCGGCCAAAUCAUCACCUCCGUCAUGGACUACUGGGCCGACCAGCCCGGCAUUGCAAUCAACAUCAUCGACAAACUCCUAAACUACACAAUCCUGUCCCCGCUCUCCGUCCUAGAGUGGGCCCUUACGUCCUCCAUUGCCGCAGGCACCAUCCUCUCAAAGCCGCACAUCUUCGAAAUGAUCUCCGCAACAGUGGGCAAGGUCACCAACCGCAUGCGCCAGAUCGUCGCGGCGCGCACGCAGACCGGCCUCUACGAGCCGCAGCUCAGUGUUCUGGACGAAACACUUUCCCGCGAGCGUGUCGAGAUGCAGGCGCUAUUCAAGUUCAUCGAGGAUGCCAUCUUCUCCGUUGCCGCGGGGAGUAACGAUGAGAUGAUGGAGCGGGGCGAUGGCUCGGGCGAUCUUCCCGAGGACGCGAUUCUUCGCCAGUGGGGGCGGAGGUGGCUGCGCGUGUUUAGGAGAAAGGCUGGGGUUGAGGAGGCCUUUAUCAAUGAUGCGCUUGAUGGGGCUACGCCUGUUGGGACGGAGGGGCCUCGGGUUGAUGGCGAUGUUCAGAUCGAUGAUGCUGAAUUUAUUGAAUGA